AUGACCAUUGAAAUCCCCCUGCUGUUAUCAUCUACAUUUCCGAUAAUAUGGAAAACUGGCCUGACUCAACUUUCCUUCGCCAAAACGGGGGGCUCAUUAGCCGCCCUGAAGGGCACAUCUCUGCUGCUGAGCAAAGUGGCCUCAACGAGCAAAGGAGGACUCCUGGCUUCCACCUCCACACAGAUUGACAAUAUAAAAGAGGCAGCUCAAAAAUUAAUCGAGGAAAUAGAAAAGAACAUCAACGUGAGCUUACUCUUUUACAAUAUUGACGAGGAGGAAACAGCAAGCUAUUACUUAAUGAAAAGGAGACAAGAACAUGAAAAGGAGGUGCUCGCCGGGGGGAAAAAUCCCCUAAAAAUGCUAAACAACAAUGGUUUUAACGGAGGGGUAAAUCAAAUGAAUGAAUACCAAGGGGGCAUGAACUUCCAGGGGAAUGGCCCCUUUACGGGGGGCGGCCAAUUUCAACCCACUGGCAACAAUGAGCAACGGCAGCAUAACUAUGGGGACCUCCAAAACUGUAACAACGAUUUUUACAACGUUCAAAAAGUAAACGCAGUUAGCAACCAGCAAGGAUUUGGCGACAGGAGCGUGAUGUAUGGUAAUGACUCGUUCGGAAGGCCCACACCCACGAUGGAACAGAUGCCCAAUUAUUACCAAGCUAAAGGUGCAAUGAGUGGCAUCCCUAUGUCUCCUGCCGAAGGUGGAUUCAACAUGUACCAAAACAAAAACAACACCCCCCUAUCCUUUUUUGGUAAACAGCAAAAUGCACCCAACUACAACGACCAAGCUUUAUUUUCCCAAGUGAAACAAAACGUAUCUAUUUUUGGAAACAAAACAAAAAACAAUACCCCCCUUUUUGGCAAUAAUGUGAAAAGCGCAACGAGGGUUGAUGUCCCAAGUGUUAGUCUAUACGAUUUUGUGAGUCAGGACAAAUCAAUUUUUGGAAAUAGGUUAAAGGAAGGGAAGCCCCUCUUUGCAGGGGCGAGGAAUCCGAACCAAUUGAUGGAAGCUUCUCCAACUCAGCAGCACAGUAAUAGCUACUUACCGAAUAACACCAAUGUGCAUAAUGUGGCAGGACAGGGGGUUGAUAAAAACUACAUGAAUUAUAAUUACGAUGGGAAGGGAGGGGCCGCCUUUGGUAUGAACCCCUCCAACUGUAUGGUGUCCACCAACUGGGCAGGCGGAAACAUGAACGGCGUGAACGGCAUGAACAUGCCUGGGAACCAACCGGGGAACCAACUCAUGGGAAAUGCAUACAACCAAAACAACCUCGGCGCCAAUAUGGAGUCAAUUCCCCAAACGCAAGGUGCCUAUGGGGUCGCAGGAUCCAAUGCCUUUGGCGCAGCCAAUUUUAGUUACCCCCAAAGUUGUAACCCCUUGCAACAAAAUAUGCAGAACGAGCAGUUCUCCAUGUACGGUAGCGGAGGAGCACCAGCCAUGAACACAUAUGCUAACUCGGCCUUUGGAAACCAAGUAAUAGGUGGGAACAACAUGUCCUCUUAUCAGAACCUUUUAUCGAGCGGUGGGUUCAACCCUUCCAUUGGGAAUAACAACGUAUGUGGAGCUACUGGGGCGGGAACGCCACAAAUGGGAAUGCAAAGUGUAAAUUUUUCAAAUAAUGGACAAGGAAUGGAAGGCCAAAUAAACACAGCAGAUAGAAACCUGCCCAUGAGCAACGUCCCCGAUUAUAACACCAACACAAAUGUAGCAAUGAAUAAUACUUCGGUACAAAAUUCUGGAAAAGAAUCAAACGGUGUAAAUGAACUCCAAGGGGAGGAACUUAUAUUUACAAACGAAAACGAAAUUAUGUUUGAAAAAAAUUACAUAAAGCAAUACGGUAUGGGGACAGAUACUACCCAAAUGGGCAAAAUGAAAAAAAUUCUUUUUUUCAAUAAAAAUUUUCUAAAGUCCUUGGAACAAAUAGCUAGCCAUAAUUUAAACAGUUACAAUGAGAAUAGGUCCACCAUUUAUACCUUCCCCUGUUCUAUGUCUUCGAAUAAUGUCGCCUUCUAUAUGCAAGCUGUUGAGGACUGCAAGAAGGAAAGCCGUUUUGACGUAGACACAGAUUUGUACAAUAAAAUAUUCGCCAAGCAAAAUAUGCAACAGGCCUUCUCCGUUUUGAAAAAUAUAAAUAUGAACCAAAAAAUGGACCAACAGGAUAUCGACUUGGAUAUUUACUACCCACUUCUUCAUGUGGAAAAGAUAAAGUUUAGGCAACCCGUAACCCCGCAGCAUUUGCAGAUACCUCCUGGUGCUCCCUUCCAGUUGGGCCAAAUUCCAACCGUCAUUUGA